AGAUAAAGUUACCUCGCCACUUAUAAAAGCGUACAGUGAUGUCUUCUAAACAGUUCAUCAGUAUUAACAACAAAUAUGAUCGAAUCGUAGUGCUGGUGGAUAUGGAUUGCUUCUAUUGUCAGGUGGAGGAAAAGUUGAAUCCAGAAAUCCGUGGCAAACCCAUCGCAGUCGUACAAUACAACCCCUGGCAAGGUGGAGGCAUCAUCGCGGUCAACUAUCCGGCACGUGCCAAAGGAGUCACACGACAUAUGCGCGGCGAUGAGGCGAAACAGCACUGUCCGGACAUUGUGCUGCCACAGGUGCCACAAGUUCGCGGCAAGGCAGACAUUUCUAAGUAUCGUGAUGCGGGCAAGGAAGUGGCCGCCGUACUGCAGACGUUUACACCGCUGCUGGAGCGCGCCAGUGUAGAUGAAGCCUACCUAGACAUUACGGAGCGUGUUUUGGCCCGGUUACGUGACAUGAACGAAGGUAGAUUUCAGCUACUUCCCGACAAGCUAGCCAACACCUUUGCGGUCGGCUACAACAGUAUUGGGGAAUUUGUACAAAAAAUAUCUGGAGAUCUGGAGGGAAGAAUAGGUUCCCAAGAGUUGGAGAGCGAAGAGGACCGCGUAGUUUACAAGAAAAGUGACAUAAAACUGUUGAUAGGAGCUUCAAUUGUAAAUGAAAUCCGAGAAGCUGUAAAGGAGAAAACUGGCUAUGAAUGCUCAGCUGGUAUUGCGCAUAACAAAAUCCUGGCGAAAUUGACGGCCGGUUUCCACAAGCCAAAUAAGCAGACGAUUUUGCCUUUAAAAUGCAUUUCAAAAAUGUAUGAGUCGUUAUCGUUGAAGAAGGUCAAGGGUCUUGGCGGUAAGCUUGGCGAACAAGUUUGUGAAAUUUUGAAGAUUCAAACGAUGGGAGAGUUGGGCAAGUUCUCUGAAAAGGUUCUACAAAACCACUUUGACGAGCGGAUGGGAUCGUGGAUGUACCUCAUGGCCAAAGGGAUUGAUCUUGAAGCUGUCACCCCGAAGUUCAACAACAAAAGCAUUGGCUGCUGUAAAAGAUUCCCCGGUAAGAAUGCAAUUAGCGGCGUUGCAACUCUAAAGCAUUGGCUUGAAGAGCUAGCCAAUGAAAUACAAGAAAGGCUGGAGAAAGACUUAGAUGAAAAUAAUCGGACUGCUAAACAAAUGACAGUGAGCUACGCUCAACAAUUCGGACAAAAUGAUAUUUCCAGUACGAGAAGCGUUCCCCUGGUGGGCUAUAAUGCUGACAAGAUAGCUGCUGAUGCUCUGGAGGCUAUUAAACGAAACACGGACGUAUUCCUAAAACCAGAUAGCUCGGGUGCGUUGAAUAAUCCCAUCAAAUUUCUAGGCAUAAGCGCUUUUAAAUUUGAAGACAACGUUUCUGGGAAAAAGAGUGAAUUGAUGCAAAUGUUCUCCAAUAUCGCCAACAAAGUGAAAGAAGGAGAAACAUCAAAAGCUACUGAAGUGGCUCAGCCAGAUUUAUCAGCGAACCGGCACGAAAAAAAGGAUAUGAAAUAUUUUUUCAAGCCACCAGAUGAGCCUGACGAGACAGGAAAAAAUACCUCUCAAGUAAGCAAUGAACAAAGCGCAAAUGAUCAAAGUGAGACACAUGGAAACACUGAAAGGAAGGCCAAGCCAAAUCCCUCUUCCAUUGCAAGCUUUUUUGAGAAAAGUUCCAAACAAUGUUCAGUGCUUGAUAUAACACCCAUGCCCAUGGGCAAUAAUUCAAAUGAACAACCUUCAAUUGCGGAAAUGGAGGCCAAACUUUUUGAAGAGUUAGCCGAUAACUCAGCUCCGUAUUUGAAUAAUACCCAGCCUAUGGAACAGGAUGACGGUCCGGUAGCUGAAGAUCUCGACUCACAACAGCCCUCUACGUCUGGAUUGAAUACUGCAGAUUCAAGUGACGACCCAAAAGCUGUUUCCGAGAAGGUCGAUAGAGCCUCAUUCUUGGAGGUGAAGACUGUGGAAACCAUAAAUGAACAGGUUGAUGCCGCGAAGGUCAACGAUCCAUCGUCGAACAACGAAUCCCAUCGUUUAGAUUACCGUCAAACUUAUGCCGAAUUCAGCCGUCCUCCAAGCCUUCCGGAACCGGUGCAAAAACCAUGUCCCGAAUGUGGACACAAUGUACCUGAAUACGAAUUACAAUCACAUCUCGAUUUUCAUUUUGCUCUCCAACUUAGCCAAAUGCAACGAGAGGAAUUUCGCAGCGAAAUCAAAACGAAAUAUGCAUCCCCUUCUUCUGCUACUGCAAAAUCUAAAAGCGCGCCAUCCGCUCAACGGCCAAAACCUAAAGUUCCGCUUAUAGAUAAGUUUCUGACAGUAUCAGCCAAUACAACAACGAAUAUCCCCAUCGAAGAUGCAACGGCAAAAUGCUCCGAAUGUGGCAAAAACAUCCCAACGGCAAACAUGCCGGAACACCUUGACUAUCACGCCGCAAGGAAACUACAGAUCGAGCUCAAUAAACUAGAAAUGCAAACCGUACAGUCCAACAAGUUUGGAUCCGUCGGCAGCAGUACCUGCGUUCCCAACGGUAAUCUCAAACGAAAGCGACCAGCCACCGGGGACAAAGGUCAGCCAACUAAGUUGAACAGCUUGUCGUCGUACUUCACCAAAAUGUGAUCGCAACUGACGAGCGUGUUUUAUGUGCCAUGUCGAGUAUGUAAGGUUAAAUUGUUUGUUGAAUUGUUUCCAUUAGAUCUAACAUGAAAAAAAGUAAAAAGAAAAAU